GGUUUCCGAUGUUUAGUUGGAUGUUAUGGAGGGGGUUCUCAAUCCAGUGAAUUGAAUAAUCCAUUUAGUUUUAGUUUCGAUCAUUCUGGAAACAUGUUUGUUACUGAUCAAUCAAAUCAUCGAAUUCAAAAAUUUCAAUAUGUCGAAGAAUCAUGUAGUAAAGAAUCAAAAAGAAAAACUAUCAUAGAAGAUAAGAAUGAAAAUGAAACUCCUGAUGGAGUUAAAACUGAAUUAUUGAUUAAUUAA